AUCUUAAUAUUAUUAAUGGCUGGAUUGCCUUUUGCAAUUCUUACUUCAAGGCAUACUCCCUUCCAACGAGGAGUGUUCUGUAAUGAUGAGUCCAUCAAGUACCCUUACAGAGAAGACACCAUACCUUAUGCGUUAUUAGGUGGAAUAAUCAUUCCAUUCAGUAUUAUCGUUAUGAUUGCCGGAGAAAGUCUGUCUGUUCACUUUAACAGCUUGCAAUCAAAUUCCUUUGUCGGCAAUCACUAUAUAGCCAGUAUCUACAAAGCCAUCGGAGCCUUUUUGUUUGGAGCGGCAGCCAGCCAGUCCCUGACCGACAUAGCCAAGUAUUCUAUAGGCAGACUGCGUCCUCACUUCUUGGCUGUCUGUGACCUUGACUGGUCCAAAAUCAACUGCAGUGAUGGUUAUAUCGAGAACUACAUCUGUCGCGGGAACGCAGACAAAGUCAGGGAAGGCAGGUUGUCCUUCUACUCAGGCCACUCUUCAUUUUCCAUGUACUGCAUGCUCUUUACAGCGCUUUAACUUCAAGCCA